AUGGCUCCGUCUCGAGGGCUAGGAUGCCGACUGCUUCGAUCCAUCUUCGUUAACACGGCCUUACACUCGAGAGACAUGUCCAUCCGCCACCGCGCCUACAUUUCGUUCGCUGAGCAGCUUGCGAAUCCCGCAAACCGAGUGCAGAGCUACAUUUCUCGCAGUAGAGACCCCUUCGUCAAUCUCUCUAUCGAGGACUACAUUCUGCGCACCUCGCCGCCCGACUCUACCGUGCUUUUCCUCUACACAAAUCGGCCUUGCGUCGUCAUCGGCAGAAAUCAGAAUCCAUGGUCGGAGGUCAAUCUGGGCAUAUUGAAAGCAGCAACAUCGCCAGGCAGGACAGCCAAGAACACGGAGCCGCCUGCUAUUGGUGAUGUAGAUCUUGUGCGGAGGCGCUCUGGUGGCGGCGCUGUCUUCCACGACGAGGGCAACCUCAAUUGGAGCAUUACGUGUCCGCGCACCGUUUUCACAAGGGACAAGCACGCUGAGAUGGUCGUUCGUGCGCUCCGCGAGGUCGGUGUAGAGCGCGCCCGAGUCAAUGAGCGGCAUGACAUCGUGCUGGACCAGGGCCAUAAGAGACACGCAGCCGAUCCUCAGGAUACCCAUCAGACGGCAUACACCAUCGAUGAAGAAGGCCCUAGGCCGUUGAAAGUGUCUGGCUCUGCGUACAAGCUGACUCGGGCAAGAGCUUUACACCAUGCGACAUUGCUCCUUGCAUCUCCCAAUUUACACAUCAUCCCGCAAUAUCUACAUUCGCCCGCGAAGAGUUCCAUCCAGGCGAAAGGGGUUGAAAGCGUCAGCUCGCCGGUCAGUAACAUCGGCUUAGAUGUUGAGAUGUUCCAGACGCGGCUUCAGCAAGAAUUUUCGGUCAUGUACCGUCAUCAAGGAAAAUCGCCCAUUAUCGAAGUUUUAGGUGAAGAACACUUGAAGAUCCCAGAGAUCAAGAAGGGCUACGACGAGCUGAAGACACAUGAUUGGAUGUGGUCGCAAACACCACAGUUCACCCUCCUUCUUGAGGGCCCAGCUCGCACCGAGAUCGAAGUCGACGUACGCCACGGCAUAAUACAGGCCAUAGAAACAAAGGGCGACCGUGUUCCAGCCAAGAUGCUUGAGGAACUUCGGAUGGCUCUAAUUGGCCAGAAGUUGCGGCACAUUGGGGAUUGGACUCAAUUUCUGCAAAGUCGCAUCGAGCCGUGGCAUAGCGAUUAUGGCGUCAUCGCAGACCGCUUGGAGACUCUCCUUCCCGUGCCACAGCUUGGUGGCCCUUGA